CGAGGAGGCCGAGAGGCGGGACAUUUCAAACCAAGCGAUGCUCCAGCAGCUCGACAUUCUGAGGCACGGCAUGUACAGAGGCUACUACGUGCUCGACGCCUUCACUUGCACAGGCCAUGGUGAUGGUGAUCCCGCCGCCAAGGAUGAAGCGAGCAACCACUCAUUCGCCUUGUCCAGAUUCAAUCCCACCAAGCGUCUCCACCUCUCUACCCAGUCGCCAAAGAACAUGGUGUUCGAUGGCAAAGGGCUCAAUGAGCUCAGGAAAGUACUCUAUGGCCUCGAGAUGAUUGUCACCGACAUGGCGGAAUUUGUGGUAUUCUUGAAGAGCUACCCUCCAAUCUCCCGCCAACCUUGCAGCAGCUACUUGUUUUCAGACAUGCAUAUGUUUGGUCGCCAUACGGAGUACGAGAGGAUCGUGAGCUUUCUACUGCAGGUUGCUCCCCCUGGCACAGGAAAUUGUAGCGUUCUUCCAAUAGUUGGACCAGUAAGAGUUGGAAAGACCACCCUUGUUGAGCAUGUUUGCUAUGACGAGAGGGUGCGCAGUUACUUCUCCUCGAUUGUUUCCUUCAGCAGAGAUGAUCUUGAAAGCGCGAAGGCGGAUACUCUGUGAAUCUCGGCGAGUAGGGUAAGAGGGCAGGUGCGGCCGGCCGCGCGGGCCGGCGGACCAUAGACUCCAUAGACAGUAGACAGCUGACGAGGCAGGGAGAAGGCC